AUGGGUCAGCUCGACCGGAGUGAUAUCACGGCCUCACAGAAAACCGGCGUGAAGCAACCACAACAUUGUGUUUCGCCGUGCCCGAGCGUACGGCGCGUAGCGUUCCGCGCGCGCCUCAAAGAGCCAAUAGACCACCACAGACGGGGCCCUAAAGGGCUGAUGUUCAGCCGGGGUUGCGGGCAUCCGCGCGCGCCUCAUAGAGCCAUUAGAACACCACAGACGGGGACCUAUAGGGCUGAUGUUCAUCCGGGGUUGCGGGGCAAGCGCAAUGAAGCAUCGCGGCCUCGUCCCAGAGUAGAAGAAGGAACGGGGGCAAUAUCUGCUUCCUUAUGUAACGACAUACAAUUGGAAGAUGUACUAAAAGUAAGUAAAGAACUUCUUAAAGUUUUGAACCGAAAUCAAAAUAUCGCAAAUAAACUCAGUUUACCUGGAGACUUUGCAUCUAGAGAUAUGGUCGAUACAUACUGCCGGCUAUUGCAAAAUGGAGAGGAAAAGCUACUGAAUGAUAUUAUUAUGCGUUACCAGAUAGAGCCUCAGAAUACAACUACGCAGGCUAUAAAUGAUAAAAUGAAGAAGAACAUGAUUAUUGAGAAAAAACGUAAAUUGAAUGAUCUUUGUGAUAAAUAUCAAACAUUACACUACCUGACACUUGAGUGGGACAGAGGGGCAGACCGAUUAAGAAGCACCACCCUUCUCCUAGUAUACAGGAGACUGACUGAGACUGAGACUGAGAUUGAGACUGAGACUGAGACUGAGACUGAGACUGAGACUGAGAUUGAGACUGAGACUGAGACUGAGACUGAGACUGAGACUGAGACUGAGACUGAGGCUGAGGCUGAGACUGAGACUGAGACUGAGGCUGAGACUGAGGCUGAGACUGAGACUGAGACUGAGACUGAGACUGAGACUGAGACUGAGACUGAGACUGAGACUGAGACUGAGACUGACUGGAGAAGACUUCUUCUCCUGCUGCACAGGACACUGGAUAGAUCAAACUACCUCCGCACAUAG